CUGAACAAGCUGGCAAAAUUGCCUGGACUGUUCUCUGUCCCACAAACAAGUGUUGGUACACCAUGGUGCAACACUGAAAUCGCCAUCCUACUAUCAGGUUGUUGCAGAAACACGACAAACUCGCUCGCAAUCAUUGCAAAACACGUUAAACCUUUCGAAAUUCGCUCAGAGUGCUCAGUCAUCGCUAGGGACGUGAGACAACUUGAGAUGGGUGGUCUGACAGCUGAACAAGCUGCAAAAUUGCCUGGACUGUUCUCUGUCCCACAAACAAGUGUUGGUACACCAUGGUGCAACACUGAAAUCGCCAUCCUACUAUCAGGUUGUUGCAGAAACACGACAAACUCGCUCGCAAUCAUUGCAAAACACGUUAAACCUUUCGAAAUUCGCUCAGAGUGCUCAGUCAUCGCUAGGGACCUGAACAAGCUGGCAAAAUUGCCUGGACUGUUCUCUGUCCCACAAACAAGUGUUGGUACACCAUGGUGCAACACUGAAAUCGCCAUCCUACUAUCAGGUUGUUGCAGAAACACGACAAACUCGCUCGCAAUCAUUGCAAAACACGUUAACCUUUCGAAAUUCGCUCAGAGUGCUCAGUCAUCGCUAGGGACAAACACGACAAACUCGCUCGCAAUCAUUGCAAAACACGUUAAACCUUUCGAAAUUCGCUCAGAGUGCUCAGUCAUCGCUAGGGACCUGAACAAGCUGGCAAAAUUGCCUGGACUGUUCUCUGUCCCACAAACAAGUGUUGGUACACCAUGGUGCAACACUGAAAUCGCCAUCCUACUAUCAGGUUGUUGCAGAAACACGACAAACUCGCUCGCAAUCAUUGCAAAACACGUUAAACCUUUCGAAAUUCGCUCAGAGUGCUCAGUCAUCGCUAGGGACCUGAACAAGCUGGCAAAAUUGCCUGGACUGUUCUCUGUCCCACAAACAAGUGUUGGUACACCAUGGUGCAACACUGAAAUCGCCAUCCUACUAUCAGGUUGUUGCAGAAACACGACAAACUCGCUCGCAAUCAUUGCAAAACACGUUAAACCUUUCGAAAUUCGCUCAGAGUGCUCAGUCAUCGCUAGGGACCUGAACAAGCUGGCAAAAUUGCCUGGACUGUUCUCUGUCCCACAAACAAGUGUUGGUACACCAUGGUGCAACACUGAAAUCGCCAUCCUACUAUCAGGUUGUUGCAGAAACACGACAAACUCGCUCGCAAUCAUUGCAAAACACGUUAAACCUUUCGAAAUUCGCUCAGAGUGCUCAGUCAUCGCUAGGGACGUGAGACAACUUGAGAUGGGUGGUCUGACAGCUGAACAAGCUGGCAAAAUUGCCUGGACUGUUCUCUGUCCCACAAACAAGUGUGGGUUGCGUGUUUUCCGCUUGUCUUGUGGGGGGGCACUUUAG